CGGUGACUCUAUUCCUCCCCCCCCCCCCCAGCCCAGCUGAUGAAGAACACCGGGGCGAUUGUGGCAAACGACAGUAACCGGGAACGGCUCCGGAGCGUCGUGGGGAAUCUGCACCGGCUCGGGAUCACCAACACUGUCGUCUGCAACUACGACGGCCGGGAAUUUGCCCGGGUGAUGGGAGGGUUUGACCGGGUGCUCCUGGAUGCUCCGUGCAGUGGGACCGGUGUCAUUUCCAAAGACCCAGCCGUCAAGACCACCAAGGAUGACAAAGAUAUCCAGCGGUGUGCCCACCUGCAGAAGGAGCUGUUACUCUCCGCUAUCGACUGUCUGGACGCCAACUCUCGGACUGGAGGGUACUUGGUGUACUGUACCUGCUCUGUCAUGGUGGAGGAGAACGAAUGGGUGGUGGACUACGCCCUGAAAAAACGCAACGUCAAAGUGGUGCCCACCGGCCUGGAAUUCGGGAAAGAGGGAUUCACCCGGUUCCAGGAGCGUCGUUUCCACCCCUCGCUGCGCCUCGCUCGCCGUUUCUACCCACACACGCACAACAUGGACGGCUUCUUCGUGGCCAAGCUGAAGAAAUUCGCCGACGGCCCGCCCCCCCAGCGGGCAGGAGGGGACGGGGAGACUGCCCCCUCCCCCGCCCCCCAGGGGCAGGAGGGAGCUGGAGCCGGCGACGUCAAGGGGGCCGCACCCCCACAGACCGGGCCUCAGGCUGCGGGCCGGAAGGUCAAAGGGCGCGGGCUAUCGCAGACUAGGCCUCAGGCUCCGGGCCGGAAGGUCAAAGGGCGCGCGCUCUUUCAGAAUCGGCCUCACCUUCCGGGCCGGAAGGUCAAAGGUCGCGCGCCCUCUCAGGCCCCUCGCCGGAAGGUCAAGGGUCGCCCGGCCGCCUGAGAGCGGGGCCACGCGGGAUUUCCGGAACGUUCUCAGCCUGGUUUUUAAUUUGUUCCGUUAUCUAUUUUGUUUUGUACAAUUAAAGAGUGUUUGAAAUGGC